CGCCAUUCUCUACUGUGAAUAGCCCGCUCGGAAGAUGCUUAGUUAUAUGAAUUUCAUCUUUCGUAAAUGGCAAAAAUCAAAACUCUAGUACGAGAAAACAUGAAUUUUGUUCGUAAUAAUCGUAAUACGAAGGGUAUCGAAACCCUAGAAAACGAACAGAGAAUUUCUAAAGAUGUCGGACCGACAACAAUGGACCAUCGAUUCCGAUCUGGACGGAAUAGAUCUUGAUCCUGAAGACUUCAAAGCUUCAGUUCCUCUCAAAAAGGUUCCGACCGGCGAUGUAUUCGAAGCUUCCAGGGCUGGAGAUGUCGAGAGGCUCCGUUACCUGCUCGAAUCAGGGGUAAACGUAAAUGCCAGAGAUCAAUGGGAUUCUGUUGCUCUAUACUACGCGUGCUUGGCCGGCCACCUCGAUGCAGCUCGGAUGCUUCUAGAAAGCGGUGCGAUAUGCUCCGAGCACACGUUCGAUGGCGAUCGAUGUCAUUAUGCUUCUUUGAACCUUAAAGUCAGGAAAUUGCUCAAGGCUUUUGAAGCUCGGCCGCCUCCGUUGGGGCCGUUGCAGGCUGCUUUGAGAGAGACAUUCCUUGGGUCCAGAGCCAAUCGAACUUACUUCGAACAGUCGGAUAAUCUUACCCAUUUCCAUGGUACUUUAUCAAAUGACACAUCCACUUCAUGUCAGUUUCCUCCCGAUGUGGUGUUUUUUGUGCAAGGCAGGCCAAUUGAAGCUCACAGAGUCAUCUUAAGUGCUCGGUCAGCUUUCUAUAUGAAGAAAUUUGAGUCAGAUUGGAGAAACCGCAGGGAAGUGAGGUUCUCAAGUGGAAAGUUAUCUUAUCCUGCCCUAUACAGCCUCUUCCAUUUCUUCUAUUCUGACAGACUUGAGGUUGCAGUGGAUGACAUGGAAGAUCUCAUACGAAUUUGCAAAGUCUGCAAAUGUGAAGAACUUCAGAAGGCUCUUGGGAAAGAGUUGAUCCACCAAAAAUAUGCUGACUAUAAAUCACUGAGGGAUGAGGAUAAUUCUCAGAAACGAUUUAUCUUACAGGGCCUGUCCCUUCCAGAGGAGGACCGGCUUCCUGCAGCCUUGUACCGAAUUCUUCAAUGUUCCCUUGCCAAGUCCCGUAGGGAAGAAAAUCUGGAAAAUGGUACUGAGGAACUAGUGUCUGGAGUUAGGGCAUUGCUGAUGAGUGAUUUUGGAGAUGAUCUUGCAGAUAUUUGCAUAAGGGUUGAUGGCAAGAUUUUCCGCUGCCAUCAAGUGAUAUUAGCAUCAAGGUCAGAAUACUUCAAAGCAAGGUUGUCUCGUAUGACUGAAUUUCUUGAAGGGACCAAUAGAUUGCCGGGUGAUACUCUUCCAUGUCUUGAAGAACACGAUUUAAGCACAGAGGCUUUUGAGAAGAUGAUAGAAUAUAUGUACACAGAUGGUUUGAAGGAUAUAGAUCCAAACCAGGCCGAAGAAAUGUUUGAUGCUGCUUCAAGAUAUCUAUUAUUUCCUCUGAAGCGUGCUGUAGCUGAUGCAUUGUUGCCACACCUUGAAAUGGUCUCUCCUGCAGAACUGUGCCAAUGGCUGAUGCUAUCAGAUAUGUAUUCUGUUCUAAAGAUAAGGGAAUACUGCCUCGAUAUUAUUUCUUGCAACUUCGAGACAUUUGCUGAUACACGUGAGUUCCGGGCAAUGCUAUUGGAACUUCCCCCACCCUCUGGAGAUUCUUCACUUCGCACCACCCUUCCAAGCGCUCCAGGAGCUGGUGUGAACACUGACCAAGGAAAUAUUCUUGAUGACCUGCGGGAGAAGUGGCUCGAGGCUGAAGCUGCUGAGCUUGACAAGAGAGAUGAGAGUGCCGCCUUAUUUGACCAGCGGCUGGAGAUGCUUAUUCUUGUGGCACAACAAGAAAAUACUGGAAAUGACACUGAUGAUCCUUAAACUGCAACAGAGUGUAAGCCAUUCUCUACACUUGACUACAGGAAUAGGAAGCUGG